AUUAUUUCACAUUUUUUUGCACGUCCGGAAAUAAACAAAUACCAAACCUACAAGAUGGCCCAUUGUUAAAGGACCACCCCUUCUUUCAAGACCUUCCCCAGCUUCUUUCUUCCCCCUCCAUCUCUCUCUCUCUCUCUCUCUCUCUUCGGCAGCCAAUUUGUUGGUCCUAAAAAUAUCAACAGCAGCAGCACUCAACGGUACUCUAGAGCUUAGUCAUGGACACUCGGUUCAUCAACAGCCAACGACCCUUUACGGGUACUGAUCAGCAAGAAGAGAAUGAUGGCAACCCAGAAAACGGCGCUGAAUCGCCGCCGUCUUCCAUCUUCAACGACAUGAAGAUCAACUCCGUUUCGUCCCCGAGAAAAAGUAGGCGCGCGAUACAGAAAAAAGUGGUGUCAGUGCCAAUCAAGGACGUGGAAGGGUCCCGCCUCAAGGGGGAGAGCAAUACUCCACCGUCGGAUUCGUGGGCGUGGCGGAAGUACGGUCAGAAACCCAUCAAAGGAUCUCCGUAUCCCAGGGGUUACUAUCGCUGCAGUAGCUCCAAGGGCUGCCCGGCGAGGAAACAAGUAGAGAGGAGCCGUGUGGACCCCACAAUGCUAGUGGUCACCUACUCGUGCGAGCACAACCAUCCCUGGCCGGCUUCUAGAAACCACCACAACAACCAUAACCAAUCGACGACGCCCAAACCCGAGAAGCCCGAACCGGUUACGGACAAGCUGCUCGACCAGGAAACGACGUCGUCGACGGUGCUCGCGGAUCUGGGCGACGAGUCGUUGAUGUUGAGCGACGAGUUCGGGUGGUUCAGCGACAUGGAAACUACGUCAUCCACGGUGCUGGAGAGCCCGAUUUUCGCGGACAGCAGCGUGGGGGUCGACGCUGACGUGGCGAUGUUCUUCCCGAUGAGGGAGGAGGACGAGUCCUUGUACGCCGAUCUGGGCGAGUUGCCGGAGUGCUCCGUUGUGUUCCGAGGAGUGGGACCAGGAGUCGAGAUCUACUGACACGUGUAUCCGGGCCCACACUAUCCCCCAAUCUCUCCCCGUUUGUCAACUAUGUGCGUAUCGUGCGCCAUGGCCCAUAAGAUACCAAUUCUUUUCUCUUUUUUCUUUUUUUUUUUUUAACAUUUUUUAAUAGUAUUUUUCUUUUUUCUUUUUUUCUUUUUCCUUGAAUUCAGCGUCGUAAAUGAAUAAAAAAAAAAGUCU